AUGAAAAUGAUCAUCAUGUUAUAUAACCUAGGGGACCAAAUCUAUGUUUGGACGAACCGAGUAAAGGUCGGACCUUAUCACAACCCUCACGAAACAUACGAUUAUUUUACGCUUCCGUUCUGCAGACCGAAUCUACCGAGUUCGCUCUCUGCUAAACGUGGAGGAUUUUCGGAAAUUCUGGAAGGAACGAUUCUCCAAAACUCGGGAAUUAUCUUUGCAUUCAAGGUAGACGCUUUGCGCACUACCCUUUGUACAGUCUCGUUUGACACGGAACAAGUCUAUCAGAUGCAAAUGGCAAUUGCGAACCAUUACUGGUACCAACUCGAUGUGGAUGGUCUUCCCAUCUGGGCCAAGGUCGGCGAUUUAGACAUCAGCGACGAGAAAUUCGAAGAAAUCGAGCGUGCCGGCGUACGAUUCGUAAUGCGAGUUUAA